AUGUCCGACGUACAAAAACGCAAGCUCCGUCCAGCGAGGAAGCAGGUCAAAGUCGGUGACGUCGACCUUACGGAGAAGGUCCAGCCAGGGAAGGAGUACAACUUCUGGUACAACAAAUGGGCAGGCGGUGACAAGGAGGACGCGUUGGCCAACCAAACUCUUUCGCAGACGCGCUGUGUGAUCACGCGCGAUGAAGGAUACACGCGCGCGGACACGACUGGCAACCGCUUCUGCUGCGUGUACUUUGCGCGCGGGUGCUGCCCAUACGGAGCCGAAUGCAGUUACCUACACCGCCUCCCUGCAGCGAACCAGGUCAUCGAGCACUCGCGAGACUGCUUUGGGCGCGAGAAGCACGCCGAGUACCGCGACGACAUGGGAGGCGUGGGGAGCUUCAACCGCACCAACCGAACGCUGUAUGUGGGCAAGAUCCACGAGAGUCCCGACCGCGACCAGGGCAAGGAGACGCUGUUGCGACACUUUGGCGAGUGGGGCAAGAUCGAGCGGUGGAACAUCUUGCACAACCGCGGGAUCGCGUUCGUGACGUACAAGUACGAGGCCAACGCGCAGUUUGCCAAGGAGGCGAUGCAGCACCAGAGCAUGGACAUGGACGAGAUCCUCAACGUGCGAUGGGCGACGGAGGACCCGAACCCCGGCGAGAAGAAUCUCGAGGACAAGCGGAUAGCCAUCGAGGGCAAGAAAGUCAUUGCCGCCAAGCUCGAUCCACAGCUUGUGGAAGCCAGUCAAAGCCUUCGCGCGCUGGAAGAGGGCAACGAGGCUGAUUACUACCCGAUCGAGGCACCUGAGGAGCCAUAUGAUGUUGACGAGCGGCCGGCGAAGCGCGCACGCGCAGACGAGCCACAAGGCGGGAUUCUGGGAGGCGACGCACUCGAGAACAUCAAGUUCUACGCUGAGAUGGCGCGCAAGAAUGCUGUCGAGGAGAGGAGUCGCAAGGUGCCGGUCAAGGCGACAGGCGUGGCGUUGCUCGGUGGGUACAGCAGCGGUGACGAGAGCGACUAG